UGUCCAUACAUCUACAUUAAAUGUCUAACUUUUUAAGAGUAUUAACUAGAAUCAGUUAGUUCCUACUAUUUAAAUGCAAUAUUUCAUCAGUUAUAAUUUGUAAUAUGUCAAAAUUAUUUUGGAUUCCAAUCAUUACGUUUGCAUUGUGUCAAUCAACGUUUUUCUCGACCAGUAUUGCGGUGAUUUUUCACAAAAAUAUUACAUGGCCUUAUAUCAGCGAAGGUGGAACGUAUCCACCAGAGAGUUGUAUUUUCAGCGAGCUUAUCAAUAUGGCCAGCGUGUUUUUGGGACUCAUUAUUUAUAUUCGGUAUCGUCAAAUUGAACGACUUCUCUAUCAUCAUGUAAGCCUGUUGGAACAAGUAGCGAGAAAAAAUGUGGUGUCAUUAUGGAUUGGCUUGAUGGCAUGCAUUGGCUUGAGUAUUGUUGCUAAUUUUCAAUUGACAAAAUUGCCGCAAGUGCAUUAUUUUGGUGCAUUCUCUUGCUUUGGACUUGGAACGGUAUAUUUUUGGUUCCAAGGAUUUAUUUCAUACUCAGUGCGAUCAUAUACCGGAUCCAUGCACAUGACAUACGCCCGAUUGGUGUUGGCUACGAUUUGCACGUGCAAUAUUUUUGUCUUUAUAUCCACGACUUGCACAGCGACGGAAAUCAUUUUCAAUGAACGUGAGCCAAGUUGCAGGUACAAGGAAACUAGUGCAAUGGUGGAAUGGGUUAUGGCCACUGCAUUUUGUUUCUUCAUAUUAUCGUUUACGUCUGAAUUCAAAACCAUCACAAUGGAUCGACCGAUUAUUUUAGUAAUUAGACGCGAGACCAGGCCGAAUCUGGAUUCAAGUGAACCAAGUGGAUCAAUUCAAAGUUUAUCAAUUCAAGUCACAUAAUUAUUCAGUCAUUAAUUGAAAUAUAGUUUUUUUUAGAAAGAACAUGUGAAGGCUUUAUACCAUUUGUGCUUUUUGCAAUAAUAUGGAGCCGCCAUGUUUAUUUACCAAUCAAUAGUAC